AUAAGCAUGGACUUUAUUAUAUACUUAUUAUUAAGUAAUAGCUAUAAUACUAUUCUAGUUAUAAUUAAUUAUUUAAUAAAGAUAAAGUACUUCCUCCCUUAUACUAGAAUAAUUAAUACUAAAGGGGUAGCUAACUUAUUUCUUAAAUAUAUUUAA